AUGACCGAGUGUUGCGAUGCGAAGAGCUUGAAGUCACUACGUCUUGCUAGCCGCGGAUGCGCCGCAAAGUUACACCGCGUAUAUGUCAGGUUCUUUUUCACGAACAUCGGCGUUCUGCUAUGUCGCGAGCAUAGCAUCAGUGCUGCUGUCAACGUCAUCCACCAUCCAGUCUUCGGGCCCAGUGUCCAGACCAUCAGCUUCUACGUUGACCCGAUCCCACUUCCAAAGUGGCCCCCCAUGAGCACAUUCUCUCUCGAGCAUCGUGUGGCCACUGGCAAGUUCAGGAAUGAGUACGACAACAUGCGACAUCAAUCCACGGACGUGCGUCUUCUACGCGAGCUCUUCAGUGAACUCAAGAAGCAGAGCCGUAUCCUGCCACUUAAGAUUGAUGGAGACGCGGAUCUAUCCUCGCAUCCUCCCAUUGGUCUCGGUGCUAUGAUGAACAAUCAUGGCACACUGUAUCUCGACACAUACGACAUUGGACCCGUUUCUAUCCUUGUCACUGCGAUCGAGAAGAGCAAAUACCAGCCAGCAUCUCUUUCGAUCUCGUCGACUGCGAGCAUCCCUGUACAUCGGGCUGAUAUUGAUAACCAUCGAUCUUCCCGGGCGAGUCCUACUCCUUUGCAGACUGUCGUCCAAGGCCUCAAGCAUUUGGACAUAGCCAUUUGGUGCGACUACAGAAGCCAAAUGAAUGCCAUAGAAUUUGGUGCCGUACUCGCUUCAGCUCCGAUCCUCGAGACCCUCACUUUGCGGAUCAAGUCAGACAAUCCAGAGGAAACGCAUCAGAGGCCCGAAGACAGCAGACAAAUCCGCCGUGCCUUUUUGGACGUCGCAGGCGUUGUGGAGAUUAUCCUCAAGCGGACCAUGCCGACGCUCACGAAACUUGCCAUCCAUGGCCCAGCCGCUGCCUUCGGCGACCUCGUCAGCUUCGUCAGACGCCAUGACAGGCUUCAAGAGGUGGAGUUGAAGGGAGCCAAGAUUUGGUGCGGCACCGACGAUGAGAGAUGUCACAACAUCACGACCAGCACAGAGACUGUCAGCCAAGCUCUGAUUCGCUUGACGAAGCUCUCAGUCGUCGAUGUAGAUAAGGAGGCUGAUCAGUGGUGGGAAGAUCGGGACACCUGGUUGAUAUAA